AUGGCGAAGAUCAGCAAGAGAUCAAAGUCAAACCGAGGAUGGUGGUGGGAUCAUUUUGUGGAGCACCCAGGUUAUGCUGUCAAAGACCCAGCUUCGAUGGUCAGCAGAAAGGCAAAGGUGGUGUGUGCAAGGCUCUAUGAGCAACGCGUUGCACAUGAGCAGGCAAUAGACGAGCAGCAGGUUCAUGCAGGCCAGCGAGAUGCACCGAGGGAUGAAGUGGUGAUCGCAGGCACUUUUUGGGCCAGUGGCCAGAAUGAUCCCCAACGCACCUGGUUAAUCAGUCGGCCGACGACACUAUUAUGUCACUUGCGUGAUUGCACAUUGCACUCUGAGGAUAUCCGUUCGCAAGCAUGGCUUGAAUACCACCAAUCAUAUUCACUGCGAAAAGGUGCCACUCGGGUCCUAACUCCAGCACAUCUCAGUGCUAUACCUCCAAUCAUUCUUGCCACCAGCCCACCAGAUCUCAAUAUAUCAUCGACUAUACAGUCUGCACGUCCGAGUUUUCCCGCAUUGCUAAUUCCUGAGGCUGACACAGCCUUGAGUUCUUCCAGUAGCCUUUACCGCGACUCUCUGUUGGUCAGUCCAAGUCCUGCCCUCUUGGAAAUCUCAUUACCAUCCCAUCCAAAGCGCCAACAUCUAAUCCAAUCCGGUCAAUACCACUCUGCUUCUGGCUCACUUCCGCCUCUCUCCCCCAUAGCACUGGGCAACCAACUUAAUGGCUUUGGCGACCAAGCUUGGACGACUUCAGAUCAAGCUGAUUGGGAAAUCAGGCUUGCAAGACUCACCACAAGUGCUGGUUUACCGCUGCGGUGGGUUGAGAACCACAAAUGGAAAGUAUUAUGCGACCAUUUUCUCCCAAGAGCGAAAAUUCCCUCUGCAAAAGUCUUGACGCAACGUGUCCUACCCCAUGCCCUUAAUAUACUCAAAGGUACCGCUAAAGAAGAAUGUCAAGGCGCUGACGCAACAUUGCAAUGCGACAGUUGGACUGGUGAAAAUCACCAUCACCUCCUGGGGUUUAUGAUGACUGCUCACCGAAAGCUGCACAUGAUUAAAGUUCACGAUGCUUCGAUGGACCCUCACACUGCUGAAGAACUUCUCAAGCAAAUGUUAGAUGCAAUCAGCAGGAUCGAGUCCGAGUGGGGGGCAACUCGGUGUCUGCUUCAAGAGCAGCUACCCCACAUUGUUGUUCCUAAUUGCUUGGCUCAUCAGUGGAAUCUCAUCGUCAGUGACCUUUUCAAGGUCAAAGACGACUACGGGAUCUAUGGAGACAUGGCGCAAGAACUAAUUACGUGGCUAUGCAGCAAGACAUGUGUGCUCACCAGUCUCCACGAAAUACAGAUGGCGACAAUCGGAAAGAUGCUCACAGUUCUCAGGGCAGUGCUGACGCAUUGGAUGUCUCAUUAUCUUGCCUAUCGCCGCCUCCUUGAGCUUCGUCCUGCACUUGAAUUGCUUGUAACGAAGCACGAAGCUCAUUUGAUAUCAGGUGGAGAUGCACGCUCACGCAGAAAGACUCAAACAGCCAUUGCGACAAUCAAAAACGCAACAUUUUGGCAUGCAUUGGCACGAUGGAAAACAUUGCUGGAGCCGAUUUCCCUCAUGAUGAAUGUUCAUCAGGCAAGACCCGAAAAUGUUGCAAUAUCAUUUGGUUUUCUGCACUUUUGCUACUCCAAGAUCGACAACAGCACUGAUCUGGCAGCUCGUACAGCUGUUCUUGCAAGUGUCGAGCGCCGCUGGGAACAGUGCGACCAGGAAGUCUUUAUUGCUGCCAUCAUUGUGAAUCCUUUCUAUAAGGUUUCUCCAUUCCGGAAUGUACCCCUCACAAUGCAUGCGGGGCUUGCGACACUUUUUGCACAUCUUUGGCGCCGUUUUUACAACACUAAUGAUAUACCACUCAAUCUUUAUAUGGACUUGGACGACUAUUUGAAUAGCUCCCAUGACUUCGCAUACAUGGACAACUACAAGCUUUCACUGUUAUAUCACGCAGAAAAGGAGGGUGUUUCGGUCGAUCCAAUUGAUAUAUGGACAGGACUGUCACAUCCUGGUUCAGCACGUCGACCACUUCAUACUAUCACUCAACGUCUUCUCUCGAUUUGCCCGAAUUCCACCUCUUGCGAACACCCAUUUAGCAUGUUUGGCGCGAUUCUCACAAAAUGGCGCAAUCGGCUCUCAACUGAGAUGCUCACCCUUCUGGCAGAACUCAAGAUGUAUGUUCAUGAGGAGCAUGUACGCAAUGACGUGGUCAAGAAGCAGCUUCAGUGCCGGUACUGUGACACCGAGGACACUGACAAAGCAGAGCCUACUCAAGUAGUUCAUGCAGUUGGUGAUGAUCUAUCAGGAGAAAGCAGCGAACGGGAGCCACGCAGCCUUGCUUUCGAGAGGCGAGGGAUAAGCGAUGUUGCUGCAGACCUUAUCCGAGCUGUUCAGGAGGAGGAGGAGAUUUCCGCCACAGAAUCAAUGCACUCAGUCCCUGUCGGUGCUGUCGGUGGUUCAUUCUCCCACAUUGCUAUCAAUGACUUACUUGACUAUUCUCGUGCAGAGGAAUGGCUGGGAUCUUUUUAUAAAGUCGCCAUUUGA